AUGUAUGCUAAGAAUAUGUGGAGGGGUGACCAUGCUGAUCCGUUCGGCACACUGGCGACUUAUUUCUCAUUGAGAGAGCUCUACACGGUGCACACAUUUUGCAGAAAUUUUUUCUGGGAAGAGAAUAUUCUGUGGCCUGAAGACCUUCGUGAAGUGCCAACUCACAUCACUCUGUGUGGCGGUGAUUUCAUCGCCCCAGUUCACUCCACUAGGAACUUACUUGGUGUUGAAAAGUUGGAACGCUCGGAAAUAGCAGAAACUGCGGGGGAAUCGAUAGAAGAAUUCGGACGGACGGCCAUGGGUAUCGAGGAGUAA